ACCCCUCACUUGCAUUCAACCUCACCCACCAUCACCAACCACACUUCCUAUCAUCAGCCCCUCCCGCUCUAUACAAAACAAUAGGACCGAUACAACAAGAAUGACCGACACAGCCAUCCAACCAGACCCCGUCCUUACUCAAUUAAAUGGAGGCACCUCGAACCUAAAAAACGUGGCCCCCCAUCUCCCCUCCCCACAAGCGCAAUGCACCUCCACACCCUCCACACAACAGCCAACAACAUCCUCCUCCCUCUCAGAAGUAAUCGCCCAAUGCCACCACAAAGUGCACACCUUCCUCGCCGAGUCUCAUCCUCCAGAUUCUCUCCUCGCCGCCGUCCAACGCCAAACUCGCAUCUCCCUCGAUGUCGCCGCAACAGCCCUUUCCCGCUACAGCCUCCCAGAGCUCGCCCUCUCCUAUAACGGCGGAAAAGACUGUCUGGUCCUCUUGGUGCUCUUCCUCGCCAGCCUGCAUCCGCAUCCACCACCCGAAAAGGGCGGCCUCAAGUCUAUCCCGGCGAUUUAUGCCCUACCGCCGGAUCCCUUCCCCACAGUCGAGGAGUUCGUCCAGUGGUCGUCGAACGCCUACCAUCUUGAUAUUAUAAAAUAUACGACAGAGCCGCCGAAGUCGACCCUCAAGUCAAGUUUUGCGCACUACUUGUCCCUCCAUCCCAGUGUGAAGGCGAUUUUUGUCGGCACUCGUCGGACGGAUCCCCAUGGCGCUAAGUUGACUCAUUUCGAUCGGACGGAUAGUGGUUGGCCCGAUUUCGUUCGCGUUCACCCAGUGAUUGACUGGCACUAUGCGGAAAUUUGGGCUUUCAUUCGUCAACUGGGCUUAGAGUACUGCCCUCUCUACGACCAGGGAUACACAAGUCUCGGUGGUCAGACGGACACUCACCCAAAUCCUAUGCUUCGUGUCGACACUAUGGCAGGUAACGAAGCCACGAAACACUACCGACCAGCGUAUGAGUUGACUGAAGACCUGGAGGAGCGGCUGGGACGCAAUUAGCCCCUUGACCGCCGACAUGGAGUGUUACUAGCACCGUCAAGCUCUUCGCGCAGAAGUUCUUUGCUUAAUCCGAUGUCUACAUGGAGAGCGAUCUGAGGAGAUAGGAUGACAUUGCGUAUUGGGCUUGCCUUUUAUUCCCGCUCCCUUUCACGGUUUUCUCUACUUCUCUUAUAUCUUCUAUGUAUAUGGUAGAAAAUAGAUUUUAUAUAUCUCUGUGGCUGCUGGAAACUUUGGGGCUGCUGUUUGCAAGGCCACAAGUGCAAAUUUCAUUAGACAUUUACCUUAACUUUUAUCAUGUUGAA